AUGUUUCAAUUAAUUCUUUUAACAUGUUUAUUCCCAUUGUGUAUCGGUAAUAGUAUUCAUGGUCAAAUUCUUUUGGAUGGCGAUGCGAAUAAAUCGGUGCGUGUUUCAUCAGGUUCAACAACGACCAUUUCUCUUCAAGACACGUCACUGGCUGAUGCAGGAGCAGUGAUGAUCAAACAGAUGCAAGUAGAGAAUGUAUUUGCACUUCCGUUUGCAUUUGAAAUGGAAAUACCCGAUGAUCUCUCGUCACACAAUACGUAUACACUGUCCGUUCGAAUUACCAAAGGCGUCAAUCUUUUGUAUAUUAACGAUCAGCAGAUCCGAGUAAACGUCAACAGCAAAAAUCCAAUCACACAGGACAUCCCUGUUGUUCGUGUUAGCCAAGAUGAAAUUAAUGCUGCUGAGAAAGUAAUCUCCAAUGACGAUGCAAAACAGACAUCCUGGCCAGAAAUGGUCGGCAAAGAAGGUUCGUAUGCUGUUCAAUAUAUAAAAGAAAAAACCGGUCUAACGAAUGUUUUUACAAUUAGACAAAACUCAGCAAUGACAAUGGAUUAUCGCCAAGAUCGUGUACGUAUUCCUGUUGAUGAUAAUGGAAUUGUCAGUGCAACGCCAAUCAUCGCAUAA